AUGUUUGGUUCAGUGCGAAGAGAUAAGGGAGAGUUUGGUAGCUGUUCAACUCCGUGUUUUUGCCUUUGUGCACGCCAUCCUCCCCAUUUGCUGUACGGAUUGGCAACGGCAUUGUUGCUGUACCUUCUUGUUAGUCCAAAUGCCACGGCCAGGGCGAAUUUCACUGGGAAAACUGUCCUUUUCUGGUUUUUUGCUGCCCGCACGAUUCGCGGCAUUUCGCACUUUUUGUGGCAACACUCUGGACGACUGACUUUUUCUUGCGUCUUGAAUUGCGCUGCAUUGCGGAUCUUGGGGGGAUCAAAGUGCCGUUUAUAUGUUUUUUGCAGAUGUUGUGCUUCUUCCUUUUUGCAUGGCGGCGUCCGCAUUUCGCAGCGUGGGCAUCUUUGCGCAUCUUGCCGUCGUACUUUACUCAGAUCGCCAAAUACUUUUUUUUUUGGUUGCCUGGGGUCUCUCUUGUGUGAACGAGUGAAUUGCUACUCAACAUACUCCAUUGGUGUGUCCUUUUGCCAAUGGAGCGUUUGGAUCCGGAUCGCUUCAUUGGUGGCAGAGCAACCGUCCCACGCAUGGUUGUCAUCUUUGCCGCGUGGGUCGGAACCCCCAACAUUCUUUUUGGUGGGAGCCACGCUUCCCUGCAGUGGAGACGUAAUUUUCUUGGUUGCAGAAGCAAAUUUUUUCUCCUUCCACUGCUGGUGUAUUGGUCUCGGAAUCCCGGUGUUUCUGUUAUACUUUUUUUCAUAG